ACCACAUCAUGAUUUUGUCCCGACAUUCAUUUUUCUUUCCAUAUCCAUAUCCAUACUAUUAAAAGAAGCGACAUAAACCCCCCCAUCGAAAUAAACCGGAAAAGAAAUUUGCUUUUCGAUGGUGAUCUAUUAUCUGCUACUGCUAGUAUUAUUACUACCCACGACCAUGACGGUGGAUGGCGGCGCAGCCGUUGUUGUGUCGCCAUCCGCUGCCGCGCAAACACCUUCGGAUGAAUCGGAUUUUCCUCUUGCGGACGACUUCUUCUCUUACCGCAAUUCAACAGCAACUGCCAUCUUCGCGGUCCUGUUGUUCGCCUUCCUCUUGACUGGCUUCACCACCAUCUACAUCCGCCACUGCGCCGGCGACGAUGGCGACAACAGAACAAUACAUCGUUUCGCCGCCGCCAGCCGCCCACCCCGGCUAUCCUCGAGCGGUGGCCUCAAUCCAGCGGUGAUAAAAUCGUUCCCGCUAUUUAACUACUCGGAGAUCAAACACCUCAAAAUCGGCAAAGGAGCGGUAUCGUGCGCCGUGUGCGUAUCCGAAUUCGGAGAUAACGAGAGGCUGCGGUUGUUACCCAAGUGCGACCACGCGUUUCAUCCCGAGUGUAUCGACCCCUGGCUGGCUUCUCACUCCACCUGUCCGAUAUGCCGAGCGAGUCUGAUUCAAGGAAUUGAGCCGACUCAGUCGACGGAGGAGUGUAAUUCCAGGCCUGAACUCACGGAAGUGCAAAAUCAGAAUCAAAUUUCAGUUACUGUUGAUGAAGUUUAUCGGACGGAUACGGAGCCGAGAGAGCGAGUGAGGACGUUUCCGAGGCCGCACUCGACGGGUCACUCACUGGUUGGACUCGGGGAGGACUGUGAGAGGUAUACCCUGAGGUUACCGGAGGAGGUGAGUAGGCAGGUGGACCAGUUAGACCGGGGUGGGACGUCGGACCGCUGGUUUUUCAUCACGUCUCCAUUUUCCUCAAGAACCGGUCUUAUGAAAUCGCCGCUUGAACAAAUGCCUACUCGAUCUCCUGUUUAAAACUGCAUGGAAUUUUUAUUGCCAGAGUAAUUCGGCUGUCAAGGAGUGAUUUUUCGGUGCCGAGCAGGUAUAUCCUACGUGGUACUAUUCGCACGGCGCAUCCGAGCCGUCUGAUAUACUUUUGGACGGCUUGGAUUAAAACCCUCUCUUUCCUCUCACUCAAUAUUUUCUCUCUCAUUUUUCUCUCUCCAAUUCUGAAAGUUCAAACAUGUAAUAGACAGCUCGGAUGCGCGAGCAGAUACUACGUAAUAUCCGCUUGGCACUGAAAAAUUCUCUGCUAUCAAGACCGGUUAGUUCAAUGGAUUGGCGAAAAUAGAAUAAUGUGCAUACGGUGGGCUACAUGAAAAUGUGCGGUAGCCAUCCUACAAACUUCAGAAGGAAAGAAUCUGCCUGGUCCGCGGUCCAAUUUUGGACUGCAGAGAUGUGGUCUAAGUGAUUGCAAUCGUCGGAUGAUAUUUUUAAUGAUCCAGAUUUGUAUUCAUAUUCUUACUGGUGAGAAUAUACUCUUACCAAUAAAAGUUUCAGCAAACGAAAGGGGUGUUGCAUGAUGACGUAUCGACGAACUUAUCGAGUAGAACUAGAUAUGAAUUUAAGAAUUUAAUUUAGGUAGGGUUCCGCCGGCUUAUCCCUGUUAUGUGAGUCGAGUUUGGUAAACGAAAUGAAAUUUGAAGAAUGUUUUGGUCAA